CCAGCUCCAGCUAACCUCCAAAAGGAAGGAGAGAGAGAGAUUCAAAUCAAUCAUAUGCAGAGCAGAGAGGUGAGAGGCUAAUUGGUUCUCCCUUCCUCUCUCUGAUUCACCUCUCGAUUCCUCUGGUUUCCGCGCGGGAAACCUUCUUUCGUUGAUCUUCCUUUUGUCUUGAUUCCGUCAUGGCGAUUCUCUACGCACUGGUGGCGCGUGGGACGGUGGUGCUCGCUGAGUUCACCGCCACGUCUACGAACGCGAGCACGAUCGCUAAACAGAUCCUGGAGAAGGUCCCUGGGAACAACAACGACAGCAACGUCUCUUAUUCUCAGGAUCGCUACGUCUUCCACGUUAAGCGUACCGAUGGCCUCACCGUCCUCUGUAUGGCUGAAGAAACCGCCGGAAGGAGGAUUCCGUUUGCGUUUCUGGAGGAUAUUCACCAGAGGUUCGUGAGGACUUACGGGAGAGCAGUUCAUACAGCACAAGCUUAUGCAAUGAACGAUGAAUUCUCUAGAGUUCUUAAUCAGCAGAUUGAAUAUUACUCUAAUGAUCCUAACGCCGAUAGGAUUAAUCGGAUCAAGGGUGAAAUGAGUCAGGUGAGGGAUGUUAUGAUAGAGAAUAUUGACAAAGUUCUAGAUAGAGGUGAACGCUUGGAGCUACUUGUCGACAAAACAGCUAAUAUGCAAGGGAAUACAUUCCGUUUCAGAAAGCAAGCUCGCCGGUUCAGAAGCACUGUCUGGUGGAGAAAUUGCAAGCUCACGUUCCUUUUAAUACUAGUACUACUGGUGAUCAUAUACAUUGCCGUGGCCUUUGUCUGCCACGGACCUCUUCUACCAUCUUGCAUUUAAGUAAAUUGUUUCUGUCUCUUAAGGAAUCUUGGUUCUGUGCUUGUCACGGUUGUUUUGUCUGCUCUUUGCUCUUAUGAUUUUAAUCCUUAUCUUUGUCUUAAACUCACUUAUAUGGAAGUAUUCUUAUUUUUAUAGAGCCAUGUGAAAGCUCAUUGGUUUGCGAUUGCAAGCUGUGUGAAUUUGUGCUGUCACCAUGUUCUAUAAAGAGGAUUGCUUUUGUCUGAUUUGUUUUGUCCACGCCAACAUCUAAGGGAUUUGUUCAUCUAUCAAAAGAUAUCCAAAAUGUUGGGGGCAGAUCAAAAGCAUUUUUGAAUUAAAG